AGUGCCGUCUGGUUGUUAUAGUGAUAAACUGAGGCCUUGCCUUUUGGCUUCUUGGGGAAGGAAACGGGAGGCGGUGUGUGGGGGGGGUAACCUCUUCACUUCCCCCAGGGAAGACAGAAAGAAGGGGCGAAGAAGGGGGAUGGGUGAAGAAGAGAAAAAUACGUGACAAAGAAAACAUUCUCUGCCUGGGAGGAGACUCACAGAGGGUGUAGAGCUGGAGGGAGCAUUCACUGGCCAUGCCAGUACUUACCACUGAUGCUGAGUCAGAAACAGGUAUCCCAAAAUCCCUUUCCAAUGAGCCUCCCUCAGAAACCAUGGAGGAAAUAGAGCACACAUGCCCACAGCCUCGACUGGCAGUCCAUUGUGUCCUUUUUGAGGCCCCUCUAUCCGAAUGGCCUAAGAAUCCAGAGAGUUUCCUCAGUUCAAAGGGAGCCAGAAAGACCCUGACUGCACCUGCCCCAUUUGCAGAUGAAACCAGCUGCCAAUGCCAAGCACCCCAUGAAAAACUGACCAUUGCUCAGGCCCGCUUAGGAACACCAGUUGACAGGCCUGUCAGAGUUUAUGCCGAUGGAAUAUUUGACCUCUUCCACUCAGGUCAUGCAAGGGCACUUAUGCAAGCAAAAACACUGUUUCCCAACAGCUACUUGUUGGUUGGAGUUUGCAGUGAUGACCUCACCCACAAAUUCAAAGGUUUCACUGUGAUGAACGAAGCAGAGAGAUAUGAAGCCCUCAGACACUGUCGCUAUGUGGACGAAGUCAUUAGAGAUGCUCCAUGGACCCUCACUCCAGAGUUUCUGGAAAAACACAAGAUUGACUUUGUGGCCCAUGAUGACAUUCCCUACUCUUCUGCCGGCUCUGACGAUGUUUACAAGCAUAUCAAAGAAGCCGGAAUGUUUGUUCCAACACAGAGAACGGAAGGCAUCUCAACAUCAGACAUUAUCACCAGAAUUGUCCGUGACUAUGAUGUUUAUGCCCGACGCAACCUCCAGAGAGGGUACACAGCCAAGGAACUAAAUGUCAGCUUUAUAAAUGAGAAGAAGUACCGCUUCCAAAACCAGGUAGACAAGAUGAAGGAAAAGGUCAAGAACGUGGAGGAAAGAUCAAAAGAAUUUGUCAACAGAGUAGAAGAAAAAAGUCAUGAUCUAAUUCAAAAGUGGGAAGAGAAGUCAAGGGAAUUCAUUGGCAACUUCCUGGAGCUGUUUGGGCCUGACGGUGCAUGGAAGCAGAUGUUCCAGGAGAGGAGUAGCCGGAUGCUGCAGGCCUUGUCCCCGAAGCAGAGCCCAGUGAGCAGCCCCACCAGGAGCCGGUCCCCGUCCCGCUCCCCGUCACCCACCUUCUCGUGGCUCCCGAACAAAACCUCACCCCCCUCCUCACCCAAAGCAGCCUCAGCCUCCAUCAGCAGCAUGAGUGAGGGGGAUGAGGAUGAGAAGUAAAGGCUGCUGGCAGAUGAGAGCCACCCCGCGCGGGCUGGGGCGGGGGCGGGGUCACCGGGCUUGCCUGGGUGGGGUUGGAUGGGUCACAGUCGCAGGGGCAGCGGCUCAGCUAAGGUAAGGCCUGGGGACCAGCUCUCCCCCAGUCUCCACUCAGCCUAACAUGUGGGCUCUGCAUGGAGGUUUCUAGCCGGACAACCUUUACAAACCUUCUUAGCAGCAUCCAGAAUCACUCUACUUUAACCUUGCUAAGGAAAGAUGCAGAGCGCCCCCAGGAGACUUGCACCCAGUGGGGUGUCUUCUGCUUUGGUCCUUCCACCCACCCCCACCAAGUUCACCACCCGUGGAAGCGGCCAUUCCCUCAAUCCGCUACUUGCAGCUCACAAGGGCCCUGCACGUUGCCUCCUCCCACCCAAGCUCUGCCAGAAUAAAACGGUUUCCCAUAGAGGUGGCGAAGUGCUUCUGACAUAGCCAAGUUCAUGACAAAUUCCAACCUUCUCAGUUGAGCCACUGAGACCUGAUGUUGCAACACAUCUAUCCUUGCCAGUUCCAGGAACGUGGUGCACAGAUCAAGACACGCUUUAGGCCAGAUACGUAAAAGGUCAUCUAGCACGAACCUUAACUUCUUAUCCAAAAGACAGUUUUGUUGAGAAUGCCACGUAAGGCCUAAUAUGUUCCUGGUUGUAUCUUUUCAUCUUUGGUUCGACUUCACGGCCUUCCAGAAAUUACCUUUCUCUGUGGGAAACGCAACAGAGAAAAACAUUUUGUGUAUGUGUGUGUGCGCACGUAUGUCAAGAGGAGCUGCUCUGCUUUGGCUCCGAGUUUAGCAGAUGCUCAAGGUCUCCUGGAGCUUCUCCUUAAAGGAUGCUAACUGUGGAAUGGCUUUUCCCAUGUCUGACCACUUAACAAUUUCAUAGACCUCAAGUAACCAUUUGAUAUACCAAACCACAUAGUAUACCAAUAGGGGGUGCUACCUGCACGUAUCUGUCCUAUGUAUGCUCCAAAUACACCCUCCAGGGUGUAGACCAUAUGCAAUACGAAUAUACGGUGGUAGCAUUUUACAGUACACUCCCCUGCUCUCACCCUAAUACCCUGGCUGAAAUCCUCGGUCUAAUGAACUACCUGGUUCCCUUGUGACUUGGGCACUUUGUCAAAAACUCAUCCUGGAUUCCUGUAGAAAUGUCUUGUCCCAACCAGGAAUCGAGCAUGUUGUUCUCAUGGCCUCCCGUAAUAGUUCUGGAGGGAGGCUCUGAAGAGUUUCCCAGAGCAGUGUCGGAAUCUCAGUUUGAUCUCAGCAUAGACAUGCUCUAGGUUGUUAGACCGCUACCCCGCCCCUAGGUUUGCCAAUGGGACGAGGACCCUAAGCACUCCUGUGGAGUUGUGUGAACUUCUUGGCCACUAAUGACAGGUCGGGAAGGAGCAGGUAGAGUCAGGGUGUAGAACCACACUCUCAGGUAGAGGAGGCACUGCCCGCCGGUCCCAGUAAAGCCAGAGACAGCUGGGGCCCGAGCAGAGGCCCAAACCAGCAACUUGUGGGAAGAGCUCAGCAUCUCUCAUGCCACAAACACCCCUCUUCCGAGGCCUCGGGAACCAGCCUUCUGGGCGAGAAGUGGGGCAACCAACGAAGGAAGGUGGCAUGUCUUUCCCCCUGGUGUCGGGGUUGAACUACCUCCCUGCCCACCUGGAGAGAAGUGGGGUUUACUGGGAAGCAAGACCAUGAGGCCGAGCUAGCUUGGAACCCCCUCGUUGCCGGCACUCUCUCCAGAGUAACGUUGAGCAGUCGUGGGACUGCCGCGGGGGGGUGGGGGGGGGACGCGGCACUCUAGAGGGAACCUGCCUGUAGUCAAGGCCCAGAGCGUCACCCUGCCGAGGGAGUGAGGCCCCGUGCUUCCGUUGUGCCCACUCGCUCGCCCCUCCUUCAUGCAGCUGGAGCAAACUGGCGCCCAGACCCCGUCUCGGCUGCAGUGAAAGGAUGAGAAGAGCCGGGCAGGGCAAGGUGGGGGAGAACAGGGGGAGGAAAAAGGGGAGAAGAGGGGCCUCGAGAGCGGAAAGGACGUUAGAGGAAACCCGUGCUCUCGAACCACUUCAGGAGCUCUAUGUGUAGGAGCAACUACCUUGGGCGGGCCUCUGAUGUGCUUACUGCACGGCCCCGGCGCAGGCCCGCCCUCAGCUGAGUUGCGUUCUGAAGCAAAUAAUGUGGGGCUGAUCGAUCGGGCUGAUUACGCGUCUGCGGGCCUUCUACCGCGUACUGACUGAUGCCACCUAUGUGACUCAGACUCAGCGCCACGAAUGGGAAACGACCGAUGUCUGGGAUGUUUCGGGGAUGGGCCACAACAGCCCACAAGCCGUUCUAAAGCUCACCCCCCCCCCCACCGAGCCCCUGCUGUCCUCCAACGGCACCCGCCCACCGUUGUAAGGCCAGGCGACUACUGAGAAGGAAUGCGGGGGGCGGGAUUCCACAGCCCAACAGCCCAACUUUUGGCGCUUCUGGCCAUGAGCGUCUUCCAGCCCACCCCCCAGGAAGAGAUGGGGGUGCUCUUUGUUCGGGCCGACCAAUCAACAGUAAUGACCCAGAGUGAGUCAGGGCUGGAGUGAGAGAUGUAGAAAUUAAGUGCAGGCUCGAAGAGGCCAGCAGAAAUGAGAGAAAGCGAGGAAGCUUUAGACUGAGGACUAGAGAACAGUAGCGAGGGUUGCAGACGGGGGCCAGGUUACAAAGACGGGCGAAAACGAGGGUGGAGGGUGGAGAGUAGGGGAGCAGUCACCUUCUGCUCCCUUUCAGAGUGUCACUCACCCCCUAACAGGUGAAGAAGGAAGGCUUCCUUUCACAGACACCCAAGAAUUGAGUUUUUUGUUGUGUCACUGCGAUGUGCACCGGGACAAAGCCAUAAGAAGAGCACGCACUCUUAAGACUCUGCUGUACAUACAAGAAGACGGAGACUCAUCUGGGUUAAAGUACGACCUUACGCCCAAGCAUUUGCUCUGGUGCUGAAUAACGCGAACUACUGGAAUCAGCCCUCCACCCCUACCCCCUGGUCCCUCCCCGACCCACCCCCGCUCCCCAGUGGAACACAGCGUUCCCAACCUGUUUAUAAAUAAAGGGACACGUAAUUGCA